AUGGAGGAAAAUGGCACCCUAUUGUUGCAGUCUAUUAAAAAUGAUUUGUUGAAAAUUGACUUUGAAUAUAAAAAGAUGGCCUAUCACAAAGUGAACGCAGACCAGAGAGCACAGGGGCAUUCUCCGUACCUUGACAACGAUGAGCUCCAAGCCACAGCGCUGGAACUGGAAUGGGACAUGGAGAAAGAGCUGGAGGAGCCAGGCUUUGACCAUUUCCGACUGGACAGUGCUGGUCAGCAUCACCCGGGAAACUCGCAGAGCCCUGACCUUGAUCUCGAGCCCAUCCAGCCAUCAUCUUCUCCAAAGGGAAGGUUCCAGCGGCUUCAGGAAGACCCCGACUACGUCUCACACUAUACGAGACAGGCACCAAAGAGCAACCGCUGCAGAUUUUUUCAGAUACUGAAAGUAUUUUGCACUGCUUUGAUUUUAUUUAUUUUUGGAAUCGUGAUAGGAUAUUAUGCACGAAAAAAAUGCCCUUCUCCCCCAGCAUCUCAAGAACCAAAUAACCCUCAUAUCUACCACGAAAUUCUCAAGGAAAUCAAAGCUGAAAACAUUAAACAGAUUUACAGAGAUUUGUUACAGUUCCCUAAAGAAGAUGAUGUAGACACUGCAAUGAAAAUUCUGCUUCAGUGGAGUUCCCAAGGCCUUGAAGAUGUCCGGCUGGUAAAUUACUCUGUUUUGCUUGACCUACCGGGCUCUUCUUCAAACACAGUAACUCUGAAAAGCAGCGGUGAAUGCUUUUAUCCUAGUGGACAGCAGUGCAACAGAGAGACCAAAAUGCUUCAUAGCCAAGACCUGUACUCAUAUGCAGCUUACUCUGCCAAAGGGAUUCUUGAGGCAGAACUUGUUGAUAUGCAGUAUGGGACUGUGGAAGACUUGGUCCGGAUUCAAGCCAUUACAAAUGUGACCAAAAAAAUUGCACUUUUGAAGCUAGGACAAUUGCCCUUGCUUUAUAAGCUUUCUCUGUUAGAAGAUGCAGGGUUUGGUGGUGUUCUUCUUUAUGUUGAUCCUUGUGACUUACCAAAGACUACAGAUCUUGCUGAUACAGCUUUUAUGGUUUCCUUGAACGGCGGAGGAGAUCCAUCAACACCCGGUUAUGCCAGUAUUGAUGGAAGCUACAGACAAAAUCAACUAAACCUGACAACACUGUUAGUACAACCAAUUUCUGCAGUGCUUGCCAAAAAACUCAUUUCAUUACCUGGAGAUACUGUCCAAAAAGAUAGGUGUAUACCCCUCCGACUGACAUCUACAGGAAAAAAAAUAAUCAGUCUGAGUAUUCAGUCUGUCACAACUUACAAGACAGUUUCUAAUGUUAUUGGAUAUUUAAAAGGAACUGUAUAUCCUGACAGAUACGUGAUCAUUGGGAGUCAUCACAAUGGUUUGAAUACUCUUGGUGGACAAGAAUGGGCCAGUAGCACUGCUAUCAUCACAGCAUUUAUACAGGCCUUGAUGUUGAAGGUUAAGAAAGGCUGGAGACCCGACCGGACCAUUGUUUUCUGCUCAUGGGGAGGAACAUCAUUUGGGAAUAUUGGUUCAUAUGAAUGGGCGGAGGAUCUCAAGAGAGUUCUUCAAAGAAAUGUUGUGGCUUACAUUAGCCUCCAUAAUCCAGUCAGAGGCAACUCAACUUUACACCCUGUUGCAUCCCCUUCUCUUCAGCAACUGGCAGCUGAGAGUCAGAGCUUCAACUGUGGGGAAAAGAGCAGAUGUCCAGGAUCUAAUGUGAGUUCUGUGCAGAUACAGGGAGAUGCGGAUUAUUUCAUCAACCAUCUUGGAGUACCUACCAUGCAGUUUUCUUAUGAGGACAUCAGUACAUCAGAGAAUUCUGCCUUUCUCUCUGAAGCUCUUUUUCCUCUGCAUACAACAAAAACUGAAGAGCUGGAUCCCUCCUUCAGCCUACAUGAAACCAUUGCAAAGCUAACAGGACAAGUGACUUUGCAAAUUGCCAAUGAACCAGUUUUGCCGUUUAAUGCCCUCGACAUCGCAUUAGAAGUUCAGAACAAUCUUAAAGGUAGUGAGGUAGAUGUUCCUCAGCUGCUUGCAGUGGCAUCAUGUCUGAGGGACUCUGCAGAAUUGUUCCAAUCAGAUGAGAUGCGCCCAGCGAAUGACCCCAAGGAGCGAAUUCCUGUCAGAGUCAGGAUGCUCAAUGAUGUGCUACAGAGCUUGGAGAAAAGCUUCCUGGUUCAUCGAGCUCCUCCAGGAUUUUACAGAAAUAUUCUGUACAGACUAGAUGAAAGGACAAGCCAGUUCUCAGUACUGCUAGAGGCACUGGAGCACCGCAAACUACAUCAGUCAAAUGAGACCAUUCAAGCAGCCUUGUCAGAGGUGCUGAACAGCAUCAAUUCAGCUCAGGUUUACUUCAAAGCAGGACUUGAUGUGUUUGAGACUACCUUAGCUGGAAAGAAAUGAGAAGAUUUUCUGCAUUCUAAGGCAUCUGUUUACAACUUGCUAAACAAACGUUCAACUUGGACCAGAAUUUCUGUGAGGAUAAAACCUUUCUCAACUUUUCUUUCA